CGCUUCUUAAAUAAACACAUUCACACAGAGACACUUGCACUUUCGGAACACAUUGAAACAAGGCGAGGUUUUCCUGCGAAAGAAAAAUCCUCCCACCCAAGUUCUCCCUAUUGGCUGCUGAUUACAUGGAUGGAAUCGACAUGUUUAAAGGGGAUGGUGCAUCCGUAAUCAGUCUGCCCCUAUAGGACUUCUGUCUUGGCGACCUUUUUGUGACCUCUCUCGCCGGAGGAGGCUGCUGUCACUUUAAAAAUUUACUGAAAGAGGAGCCUCUGUCUGGCUUCCGACGACUUUGUUGCAAGGGGGAGAUAGUUCCCUCUCGCUCUCUCUCGCCUCUUUAUGGAUGGCCGGUCAGAUCUUCUUUAAAGAGACAGUUCAUGAAAUGGAAACCCCUGGCAGUUGAGUGUGUGGGGUUGCAAAAAAACUAGAAAGGGAGGGGAGGGAUGAGGAAGACGCUCCGGCUGAGGAAGAAGCUCUCACAGGACAGGCUCUGAAGAGGAGUGUGUGUGUGUGUGUGUAGGAAGGGGGGGGACAGCCUCCCACCUCCUCCCUAGCCAGCACACACUUGCACUUUUUCCCUGUGAUCACCAGCAGAGAAGUGAAAGAAGUUUUUUUUUUAAAUGGGAUUUUUUUUUUCUUGAUAACUUUCUUUACACACACACACACAACCCGAGCAGCCGAUCAGAGCAGGAGGGGCAGAUCGGGGAAGGGGAUGGGGAGCCGGGAGGAAUUUGCAAAAAAAAUAAGAACAACAAUAACAAUGAUCAAUAAUCAUCAUUAAAGCAAACUCCCCCCCUACACAUCUCCCCCCCCCAAAAAAAAUAAUAAUCCAGCAACAGCAAACCAACCCCUGAGAACUCCAGGCGAGGAGAGAGAAACUUUCCAACAAAUGGUGGAAGAGAGUGGAGCUUCCAAGCAGCGACCCGAGCCGGCACCAGGACACCAGCUACCCACCCGCUUUGCAGACCGACGGCGAGUGUUUUUUGUUUUGUUUUACUUCCAGCCGCUUGAAGGACCUUCCCCCCUCCCCCUCCCUGUGCACGGAAGCGCUCAGGCUUUAGGAAUCAGUGCCGUGGGAGAGAGAAGAUCUUGGAUGAGUUUUGCAAUGUGAAGUUCUGCAUAGAUGCCAGUCAACCAGAUGUAGGGAACUGGCUCAAGUAUAUCAAAUUUGCUGGAUGCUACAAUCAGCAUAACCUUGUUGCAUGUCAAAUAAGUGAUCAGAUAUUCUACAGAGUUGUAGCAGACAUUGACCCAGGAGAGGAACUGUUACUAUUCAUGAAGAGUGAAGAUUAUUCACAUGAAACAAUGGCUCCAGAUAUUCACGAGGAGCGCCAGUAUCGUUGUGAGGAUUGUGACCAGCUAUUUGAGUCCAAGAUGGAACUAGUAGAUCAUCAGAAAUUCCCAUGCAGCACACCUCACUCAGCAUUUUCUAUGGUGGAGGAGGACUUUCAACAAAAGCUUGACAAUGAAAAUGACCUCCGGAACAUGCAUGACAUUCAAGAAUGUAAAGAGUGUGAUCAAGUGUUUCCAGAUUUACAAAGCCUAGAGAAGCACAUGCUGUCCCACACUGAAGAGAGAGAGUACAAGUGUGAUCAGUGUCCCAAGGCUUUUAACUGGAAGUCCAAUUUGAUACGUCAUCAAAUGUCACAUGACAGUGGAAAGCACUAUGAGUGUGAAAACUGUGCCAAGCAGGUUUUCACGGACCCCAGCAACCUUCAGAGGCACAUUCGUUCCCAGCAUGUUGGGGCUCGUGCUCACGCUUGUCCAGAGUGUGGUAAAACGUUUGCUACUUCUUCAGGCCUUAAACAGCACAAGCACAUCCACAGCAGUGUCAAGCCCUUUAUAUGUGAGGUCUGCCAUAAAUCCUAUACUCAGUUUUCAAACCUUUGUCGUCAUAAGCGCAUGCAUGCUGAUUGCAGAACCCAAAUCAAGUGCAAAGACUGUGGACAAAUGUUCAGCACUACAUCUUCCUUAAAUAAACACAGGAGAUUUUGUGAGGGCAAGAAUCAUUUUGCAGCAGGAGGAUUUUUUGGCCAAGGCAUUUCACUUCCUGGAACCCCAGCUAUGGAUAAAACGUCCAUGGUUAAUAUGAAUCAUGCAAAUCCGGGCCUUGCUGACUAUUUUGGUGCCAAUAGGCAUCCUGCUGGUCUUACCUUUCCAACAGCUCCUGGAUUUUCUUUUAGCUUCCCUGGUCUGUUUCCUUCAGGCUUGUACCACAGGCCACCUUUGAUACCUGCUAGUUCUCCUGUUAAAGGACUACCCAGCACAGACCAGACAAACAAAAGUCAAAGUCCCCUCAUGACACAUCCUCAGAUACUGCCAGCUACACAGGAUAUUUUGAAGGCACUAAAUAAGCACCCCUCUGUAGGUGAAAAUAAGCCAGUGGAGCUUCAACCAGAGAGGUCCUCUGAAGAGAGGCCGCACGAAAAAAUCAGUGACCAGUCAGAGAGUAGUGACCUUGAUGAUGUCAGUACUCCCAGUGGCAGUGACCUGGAGACCACCUCUGGCUCUGAUCUGGAAAGUGACAUUGAAAGUGAUAAAGAGAAAUGUAAAGAAAAUGGUAAAAUGUUCAAAGACAAAGUAAGCUCUCUUCAGAAUUUGGCUUCAAUAAAUAAUAAGAAAGAAUACAGCAGUCAUUCCAUUUUCUCACCAUCUUUAGAGGAACAAACUGCGGUGUCAGGAGCUGUGAAUGAUUCUAUAAAGGCUAUUGCUUCUAUUGCUGAAAAAUACUUUGGUUCAACAGGACUUGUGGGGCUGCAAGACAAAAAAGUUGGAGCUUUACCUUACCCUUCCAUGUUUCCCCUCCCAUUUUUUCCAGCAUUCUCUCAAUCAAUGUACCCAUUUCCUGAUAGAGACUUGAGACCGUUGCCUUUGAAAAUGGAGCCUCAGUCACCAAGCGAAGUAAAGAAGAUUCCAAAGGGAAGCGCUGAGUCUCCCUUUGACCUCACCACUAAACGUAAGGAGGAGAAGCCAGUUACUCCUAUAACCUCAAAACCAGCAGCUCCACCUGUGUCAAGCCAGGAUCAACCACUAGAUCUGAGCAUGGGCAGCAGAAGUCGAGCUAGUGGUACAAAACAAGCUGAGCCUCGGAAAAACCAUGUCUUUGGUGAAAAGAAAGGAGGUGACCUUGAAACAAGGAAAGCAACUGAUGCUUCUUUGCAACAUGCCAGGCCCACUCCAUUCUUUAUGGAUCCCAUUUACAGAGUAGAGAAAAGAAAGUUAACUGACCCACUUGAAGCUUUAAAGGAAAAGUACUUGAGACCUUCCCCAGGAUUCUUGUUUCAUCCGCAAUUCCAAUUGCCUGAUCAAAGAACUUGGAUGUCAGCUAUAGAAAACAUGGCUGAAAAACUAGAGAGUUUUAGUACCCUGAAACCAGAAGCUAGUGAACUCAUACAAUCUGUCCCUUCCAUGUUCAACUUCCGAGCCCCACCGAGUGCCCUACCAGAAAACCUCCUGAGGAAGGGCAAGGAACGCUAUACCUGCAGAUACUGUGGCAAGAUUUUCCCAAGAUCGGCUAACUUAACACGUCACCUGAGAACGCACACUGGAGAGCAGCCUUACAGAUGCAAAUACUGUGACAGAUCUUUUAGCAUAUCUUCUAACCUGCAGAGGCACGUCCGUAACAUCCACAAUAAGGAGAAGCCAUUCAAAUGUCACUUAUGUGACAGGUGUUUUGGUCAACAAACCAACCUAGACAGACAUUUAAAAAAGCAUGAGAAUGGGAACAUGUCUGGUACUGCAACAUCUUCACCUCACUCAGAACUUGAAAGCACGGGGGCAAUUCUGGAUGACAAAGAGGAUUCUUAUUUCACAGAAAUUCGGAAUUUCAUCGGCAACAGCAACCACAAUAACCAAUCCCCAAGAAAUUCGGAAGAAAGAAUGAAUGGCAGCCACUUUAAGGAUGAGAAAGCGUUGGUGGCAAGUCAGAACUCGGACUUACUGGAUGAUGACGAGGCAGAAGAUGAAGUAGUGAUGGAUGAGGAAGACGACGAAAGUGAAAUUGCAGGGAAGCCAGUUAAGGAACCGGUUACAAGUAACCUACAUGAAGGGAGCCCUGAGGAUGACUACGAAGAAACAAGUACUUUGGAAAUGAACUGCAAGGCUUCCCCUGGCAGGUAUAAAGAGGAUGAGUACACCAAGACUGGGCUCUCUGCUUUGGAUCACAUCAGGCACUUCACAGAUAGCCUCAAAAUGAGGAAAAUGGAAGAAAAUCAAUACACUGAAGCUGAACUGGCAGCUUUCAAUACUUCGCACCUGCCGGAGGACCUAAAGCAACCAUUGUACAGGAAAUCCAAGACCCAGGCAUAUGCUAUGAUGCUCUCUCUCUCUGACAAGGACUCCCUCCAUUCUGCAUCCCGUAAUUCUCCCAACACGUGGCACAGUAUGGCAAGAGCUGCUGCAGAAUCCAGUGCCAUCCAGUCCAUUAGUCAUGUAUGACAUUGUGAAACCUUACCAAGAAUGGGACCAAGUCCAAACCAGUAGCAUGGCUCUUUCGUAUAUGACUAUUUAAAAGACUGCUGAGCAGAAUGCCUUAUAAAUCUGCAGGGUCACUCAUCUAAAGUCUGAUGACCUUAAACUGAAUAAUUUUAAAAAGAAAGAAACUAUUUAUUCUCAAUAUUUUGUUUUGCACAGCAAAGGCAGCUGCUGACUUCUGGAGGAUCAAUGCGACUUAAAAAAGAGUUUCAAUGGAUUAUGUAAACCACGGCCGGGAAAAAUGUCUUCCAAUUCACCCGGCAUGAGGGGGUGGGAGCAGAAGGGUUAAGACUGCAUUGAUACACAUGGGCACUCCUUUAAAAUAGAAACUGAAUCAUUUUUCUCUUUGUAUAAGAUAGUUUGACGCAGGAUUGGGAACAGUUGCUUUUAUCUACAAAUCCUCUUCAUUAAAGCUUUAUGCAUUUUAACCCUUCAAAGAAAAAAAGUAGUCUAUCGUAUGCACACUAUCCAUCAUUAAUAUUAGAAACCAAUAACAGGGAAUAUUUCAUCCUCUCCAUAAUUUUUUCUUCUUACCUGCAUUGUAUUAAAAAAAAAAAAGGAAAGAAAAAGAAAAAGAAAGAAGAAAAGACAAAAAAAAACUUUGAGAAACAAUACAUAAGAGGUUUGUGUAUAUUGUAAACUAUGAAUGUUCACCACUCAAAGACGUUUAAGUCAUUCAGCUACUUCUGUCAAAGGACCAUUUCAUCAACAGUACCACUAGUUCAAUGUUUGCCAAAUCAUUGUAAUGACAUUUUAAAUUUAGACAAUCAUGUCGCUGUGUUGUUUUGUUCCUCUAAUUUCUUUUUUUGUGUUGUGUGUACAAUGUAUUUAUUUGUUGGCAAACAAUUGUUUGUUGAUUAAAAUAGCACUGUUCCUAUGUUAAACAGCACUGCUCCAGUCCCCCACUACUUUAUGAUGUAGGCACCCAUGUACUUCAAAACGAGUGAGGUGAACUGAUCUGUGUAUAUUGGAGUGCAAAACAGUGUUCGAAAUUUUCUGACAUUCCUAUUUUAUUUUGUUUUUUUUUUCCUUUUAAUGAAACUAAAUAACUAAUAGAUGCGAAUUAGUUUUUUUUUAAAUACAGUAAAUUGAUUCAAUUGUAUAAACAGUUAUAAUUUCUUCAUGAAAGCAUGAUUCUUCUGAUUAAAACUGUACCCAAUAUUUUAUGCUGGUUGUCUGCGAGCUUGUGUGAUGUUAUGUUCAUGUUAAUCCUAUUUGUAAGAUGAAGUGUUCCAAACUUACGUUAAAAAAAUAAAUAAAUAACGGACUGUAUUCAGUUAUUUUUGUUUUGUUUUUUUGCCCUUUAGUGAGGGACCAGAUUUAUUUCCUUUUGUUUAUAAUCUCAUUUUGAAAUAAUCGGCAAGUUGAGGUACUUUCUUUAAAUGCUUUGUACAAUGUAACUGUUAUGCAUUUCAGAACAUUAUUAUGGGAGGAUCAACUAAAAAAAUAAAGGACUAUAAAAGCGAA